CCUUUUUAUUUUGUUCUUGGGGAGGAUCACAACAAACACUUCGCUCAGAGAUUAAAGCAAGAAACAAUGAGCCGAAGUUUUCUUUUAAAAUUUCCCUCUUAAAAAAUUCGGGUCGUCUUCUUCAAGUAGCUGGAGUCCACCCUUGAUUCAGUUACCAGUCAUUUGGGGUUGAAUUAAUCGGUUUCUUUGAUUGAAGAAGAGGAUCCCCAUUUGAAGGAUCGGGGAUUUCUUCUACGGUUUGAUCGGCGAGAGAUCUGAAGCUCUGUGGAUUCUUGGUGCUUUGAAAUGGGGAGUUUGGGGGCGAUUUUGAGACAUCCAGAUGACAUUUACCCGCUUCUGAAACUGAAAAUGGCUGCCAGACAUGCCGAGAAGCAGAUCCCGCCGGAGUCUCAUUGGGGAUUCUGCUACACCAUGUUGCAUAAGGUCUCAAGAAGUUUUGCUCUCGUUAUUCAACAGCUUAAGCCCGAGCUUCGGAAUGCUGUAUGCAUAUUCUAUCUUGUUCUUCGAGCCCUCGACACUGUUGAGGAUGAUACAAGCAUACAAACAGAUAUCAAAGUGCCCAUUCUGAAAGCUUUUCACUGUCAUAUAUAUAACCGUGAUUGGCAUUUUUCAUGUGGCACAAAGGACUAUAAAGUUCUUAUGGACGAGUUUCAUCAUGUUUCAACUGCGUUCCUAGAACUCGGGAGAGGGUACCAGGAAGCAAUUGAGGAUAUCACGAAACGGAUGGGCGCAGGAAUGGCCAAAUUCAUUUGCAAAGAGGUAGAGACCGUUGAAGAUUAUGAUGAAUAUUGCCACUACGUAGCUGGACUUGUCGGACUAGGUUUAUCCAAGCUGUUCCACGCUUCGAAGUCAGAGGAUUUGGCACCCGAUUCUCUUUCAAAUUCUAUGGGAUUGUUUCUUCAGAAAACGAAUAUUAUUCGAGAUUACUUGGAGGAUAUCAAUGAGAUUCCAAAGUCUAGGAUGUUUUGGCCUCGUGAGAUUUGGAGCAAAUAUGCUGAUAAAUUAGAGGAUUUUAAAUAUGAGGAGAAUUCAGUCAAGGCCGUGCAAUGCCUCAAUGAUUUGGUCACUAAUGCUUUGAUCCAUGUGGAGGAUUGCCUAGAAUACAUGUCUAACUUGAAAGAUCUUUCCAUAUUUCGAUUUUGUGCAAUCCCUCAGAUUAUGGCAAUUGGAACACUAGCAUUAUGCUACAACAAUGUCGAAGUCUUCAGAGGGGUCGUCAAAAUGCGUCGGGGUCUUACUGCAAAGGUCAUUUAUCGAACGAAAACGAUGGCUGACGUCUAUGGAGCUUUCUUUGAUUUCUCUGUUAUGCUGAAGGCUAAGGUCAACAGCAGUGAUCCUAAUGCUUCUAAAACCCUGAGCAGGAUUGAGGCAAUACAGAAAACAUGCAAGCAGUCGGGGCUCUUGAACAAGAGGGAAUUGUAUGCAGUAAGAAGUGAGCCCAUGUGCAAUCUAGCUGCGAUUGUCGUACUUUUCAGCCUAUUAUGCAUCAUUCUCGCGUAUCUCUCCGCUAAACGUUUACCAGCUAACCAACCAGUAUGAGCGUCAAACUCCGGGUAUGAGUUUCAACAGAACGCACCACAAACAUGGGCAGUAUGUUUCAGUUUGUAGCUCAAUUAUUGUCUGAGUUUUGUUUGAAUAUUUAGUGUUUGUUUAGUACAGAGCAUGAAGCAAGUGAAAUUCUGUAACCUUCUAAUUUUCUAAUAAGGGAUUAAGUCUUGGAAUUAUAAUUUCUUCACAAAUGCUGUUCAUCA